CCCGGGCGGCGGGGCGGCGGGGCCAUGGACGGCGGCGCGGCGCGGCCCGGGUGCGAGCCGCUGAGCUUCGCGCGGUUCCUGGACUCGAGCGCGCAGCGACUGUCCGGCUACGGCUACGGCUCCGGCGGCGGCUCGGGCCGGCGCAGCCUGAGCGAGCUGCGGGAGCGCGAGUUCGGCCGCCUGGCAGGGACCGUCUACCUUGACCAUGCGGGAGCCACCUUGUUCCCUCAAAGCCAGCUUACAAACUUCACAAAGGAUCUCCUGGAAAAUGUUUACGGGAACCCUCACAGUCAGAACAUCAGCAGCAAACUCACGCACGACACGGUGGAGCAGGUGCGCUAUAGGAUCCUGGCUCACUUUCAUACCUGCCCUGAGGAAUACAGCGUCAUCUUCACAGCAGGCACCACGGCUGCUCUCAAGCUAGUGGCUGAGGCCUUCCCAUGGGUGUCCCCAGGUUCUGGGCACAGCGGAAGCUGCUUCUGCUACCUCACCGACAGCCACACCUCCGUGGUAGGCAUGAGGGAGGUCACCAAGGCCCUGGGCGUGCCUUCAAUCCCGGUCAGCCUCGAGGACAUGGACUCAGCUGAAAAACAGAGCCCGGACACGGGAGAUCCUGACUGCCAGGUGCCGCAUCUCUUCUGCUACCCAGCUCAGAGUAACUUUUCAGGAACCAGGUACCCGCUCUCCUGGAUUGGAGAGGUCAAGUCUGGCCAGAGGCAGCCAACCAGUGUGCCUGGAAAGUGGUUCGUGCUCCUGGACGCGGCCUCCUUUGCCAGCACUGCACCCCUGGACCUGUCUGUCCACCCGGCCGACUUCGUGCCCCUCUCCUUCUACAAGAUCUUCGGCUUCCCUACUGGCCUGGGUGCAUUGCUGAUCCGGAACCCCGUGGCCUCACUGCUGAGAAAGACCUACUUCGGGGGUGGCACAGCAGCCACAUAUCUGGCUGGAGAAGAUUUCUACGUCCCCAGGCAGGCAGUGGCCGAGAGGUUUGAAGAUGGCACCAUCUCGUUUCUUGAUGUGAUAGCUCUAAAACAUGGAUUUGAUGCCCUGGAACGCCUCACUGGUGGGAUGGAGCACAUCAGACAGCACACGUUCACCCUGGCCCAGUAUACCUACACCGCUCUCUCUGCACUUCAGUACCCCAAUGGAGCCCCCGUGGUACGAAUCUACAUUGACUCUGGCUUUGAAAGCUCUGAGGUCCAGGGUCCAAUCAUCAAUUUUAAUGUGCUUGAUGAGCUAGGCAAUGUCCUUGGCUACUCAGAGGUGGAUAAGAUGGCCAGUCUUUACAACAUCCAGGUGCGAACCGGCUGCUUCUGUAACACAGGCGCCUGCCAGCGACACCUGGGGAUAAGCAAUGAGAUGGUCAAGAAGCACCAUCAGGCUGGUCAUGUCUGUGGAGACAAUGUGGAUCUCGUGGAUGGGCAGCCAACAGGCUCUGUGAGGAUUUCCUUUGGGUACAUGUCCACACUGGAGGAUGCCCAGGCAUUUCUCAGGUUCAUCAUUGCCACCAGACUGUGCCCACCCACUGGACGGCUUCUCCUGCAGGCCCCUGUGGGAGAGGCUGGAGCCAGAGCCGUGGAUGUCAAGACUGCUGCCCUAGACACUCGCAGCCUGUCACCUCAGGAAGAUGUGUGUUUAGAUGCCGGGGCCGGCAAUGACUUAUCCUCAGUGGAGACCCAUGAUGUGUGCCCAUCUCUGCCCGAGGACCCUGGUACCCAGCAGGCCCCUCUAAAGAGAGUUGUAGGAGUCAUGGAGGAGGGCACCCAUGUCAUCACCAAUCUUUAUCUCUACCCUAUCAAAUCCUGCGCUGCCUUUGAGGUGACGAGUUGGCCUGUAGGAAGCCAAGGUCUGCUGUAUGACCGGAGCUGGAUGAUCGUGAAUCACAAUGGCAUUUGCCUGAGUCAGAAACAGGAGCCCCGGCUCUGCCUGAUCCAGCCCUUCAUUGACUUGCAGCGAAGGAUCAUGGUCAUCACAGCCCAAGGGAUGGAUCCUAUCGAGGUGUCUCUGGAGGAAAACAGUGAACAGGUUCCGAUUUGCCAAAGCAAAGUCUGUGCAGACAGGGUAAAUACUUAUGAUUGUGGAGAAAAAAUUUCAAACUGGUUAUCAAAGUUUUUUGGCCGUCCAUGUCAUUUGAUCAAACAAAGUUCAGACUUUCAAAGAAACGCAAAGAAGAAACACAGCAAAGAUCAACCUCCCGGAACAACAGCUCCUCUUUCUCUGGUGAAUGAGGCCCAGUAUCUGCUGAUAAACAGAUGCAGUGUUUUGGAACUUCAGCGGCAAUUAAAUGCCAGUGAUGAGAAUGGAAAGCAUGGCUCAUUCCCGGAGAACAAUCUCAUCUCACGGUUCCGUGCCAACAUCAUUACCAAUGGAAGCAGGGCUUUCGAAGAAGAGAAAUGGGAUGUGAUUUCCGUUGAUUCCUUGCAACUCCAGGUGGUUGGGCCUUGUCACAGAUGCCAGAUGAUCUGCAUUGACCAGCAAACGGGGCAGCGAAACCAAGAUGUCUUCCAAAAGCUUUCUGAGAGUCGGCAGAGAAAGGUGAACUUUGGCGUGUACUUGAUGCACUCAUCUUUGGAUUUAUCUACUCCGCAUUUCCUAUCUGUUGGAUCUCAGCUGCUUCCUGUACUUAAAGACAGUGUAGAACACCACAAUUUACCUGCGUCUGAAAAAUAUCACCAUGUCACUCUCUAAAAAAAUUUUUA